AUGGAAGGCAAGAAAUACAAAGGAUCAUGUGGUAACCGUAGAACUUGCCAGGGCAGGUGGGGAGAGCCAGCUGUGGGGUCCAGACUGACUGGGGCUUCCUUGCCACCACCCCAGCUGUGUCAGUAUUACCACCAGAUGGACUCCAGGACUCACUGCCCUCCAGAGAACAGAAGUGAUAAAUGUGGGGGGCGCUGGGGGCCUCGCUUCUCCUCACCGGGGUCCGAGAGGUUCUUUCCACAGGCCAUCCUCUUCAUGUAUUCUGGGUCCCAGGAAGGAGAAGAGAGUAGGUUCUUGGUACUUAGGACUUAA